AUGCAUCGGCCACGAAUACUCGGCAGGACUAUCAAGCUCAUUGCGCCCCUCGCGCUCCUCGCGGUCGCCGGCCUAUUCCCCCCUGCCCAGGCGAACAAGAGCCGCAAGGAUCUCUGCGGAGUUAGCAUGCACACCUCGGAUCUCGGGCCCGAGGUGGGUAAUUUUUCCGUCAUCGACGCCGCCUGGAGAGUCCCCGAGGUAAUAGCCGAGGUGGAGGACGAGGACGGGUCGGGCAGGCGAGCGCCCUACGUCUCGCUGGGAGUAGCCCUCUGCUGCGGAGACGACUGCUCAACCCGCCUCGCCGCCGGCGCCUGGGCAUCCCCGCGGGAACCGGGACGGGAUAGCUCGGCAUCGGCCAUGUUCCAGCUCAGCCCCGUCUUCACGCCGGUCCUGAUACCCGCGGUGCAUCAAUUCGAGCUGAACAGCUCGGAUGUCCUCUGGACCCGAGUAGAGAUCCAUGGGCCGGGUGAAGCACAGAUAACCUUCUCCAAAUUCGAGAGCGCAAUCUCCAACAGCACCAUCAGCGUCGACCUCCGGGUGGCCGUCAAGGAUGGCGGGACGGUCCUUCGGGUCGUCACGCGCGGCAACGGCGCCGAGCUGGAAUUCGACUACGCCGCGCGCUACCGCGACGCCGAGCGGCCCGCCCUCUGCGGCGACUCGGCCUGGUGGUUCGUCUCGGACAGCUUCGACCCCGGCCAGGACACGGACCGGCCGCUGCCCCUCGCCCGCUUCUCGCCCGUCCUCGUGGCCGGCCACGGGCUGCGCACCCGCACCUCCACCACCGCGGAGGAGGGAGACAGGCACGACAAGUCCUUCCCCGCCGAUCUGCCGCUGAGCGGCAUGGCCCGGUUCUGGGACAUGGUGCGGGCCGCCCCCGACGGCCAGACCGAGGUCCUGUGCAACACCAGGGGCUUUGUCGACACGGGCAUGACCUUGCUGCAGUCGCCGCACCCGUGGGGUGUUUGA